AUGAGCGGCCCCGUUCUGGAUAUUCAAGCACCUGGCAUCCAAGCACAAGGUGAAGUAUUACAUAAUAUGCGAAAAGAAGUAGCCACUCUACUUGGUCGUUCCAAUCCCAGCUUCCCCGGCGCACAACCCGUCAGUUUCACGCGACGUCAUCUGGAUGAAUUGAUGCGACAGGAUUAUUACGUCUGCGAGAAAUCGGAUGGUUUUCGUUACUUACUUUACCUGACCGAUGAUGAGAAUCGCGAGGAAUGUCAAUAUUUGAUUGAUAGGAGGAAUGAUUAUUGGUAUAUACCUAAAGGCGGACUACAUUUCCCGAUUCCUCAAAAUGUCGCGGGAUUUCACAGAGGUACAUUGGUUGAUGGAGAAUUGGUUUUGGAUCGAGCUGCGGAUGGGUCGAUGCAACCCAAAUAUCUGGUUUUCGAUUGUAUGUUUUUGGAUGGAAAUAGUCUCAUGAAUCGCACCCUCGAUAAACGACUAGCCUAUUUUACCGAAAGGAUAUUUACACCUUACGUAGAACUCUUGAGGGAAUACCCGGAAGAAAAACAAUACAUGCAUUUCUUGAUGGAGAUGAAACAGAUGCAAUUUGGUUAUGCGAUGGAUAUGAUGUUUCGACAAAUCUUACCAAAUCUACCACAUGGAAACGAUGGAUUGAUUUUUACAUGUAGAGGGACGGAAUAUAAACAUGGGACCGAUCAACAUAUUUUGAAGUGGAAACCGGAAAAUGAGAAUAGUAUCGAUUUCAAACUCGGUCUCGAUUUUCCCACCGUUCAACCUAAUUCCAUGGAUCUCGCAGAAGGAACUACAGAACCAUAUAUCGAUUACGACGCAAUUCCCAUUUGCAAUCUCUUCGUCAACGCGGGAAAUAAUAGGGAUGAAUGGUAUGGAACUAUGCAUUUAGAAGCAGAGGAAUGGGAAAUGUUGAAAGCAUUACGAGAACCUCUCAAUGAUCGAAUAGUAGAAUGUUACAUGGAUGCGCAGAAGAGAUGGAGAUAUAUGAAGUUUAGAGAUGAUAAGGAAGUGGCAAAUCAUACGAGUACGGUCGAGAGUGUGAUUGAGAGUAUUAAGGAUAGAGUUACGGAAAAGGAUUUACUUGCCGCUGCACCUAGGAUUAGAGAUGAGUGGAAGAAGAGGGAUGCACAAAGGAGAGCACCUGCGACGAGUUGA